ACUACAACCAAGAAGCCAACAACAACCACAACCAAGAAGCCAACAACAACCACAACCAAGAAGCCAACAACAACCACGACCAAGAAGCCAACAACAACCACGACCAAGAAGCCAACAACAACCACAACAAAGAAGCCAACAACAACCACAACAAAGAAGCCAACAACAACUACAACCAAGAAGCCAACAACAACCACAACGAAGAAAGCCACCACCACUAAAAAACCAGCCACAACCACCAAGAAACCGGCAACAACAACCAAGAAACCCAAAACAACCACAAAGAAACCGGCAACAACCACUAAGAAGCCUUCAGGUGGAUGCAAGCCAUGUGGUCCCGGUGGUGAAGCCUGUGCAGGAUGCCCGAAUCGGGAGAAUCUGUGCCAGGAAUUGAUUAACCUUCUGAAAAAUCUGGAUCGCAGGGUCAGGCAGUGUGUCUGCGGAGAACCUGCGUAUUUAUUGUAGACAAAAUUAUAACCAAAUUGAAGGUAAAAACACCAACGUUUAAAAGAAAACGACCGAGAUGAAGAUUUAAGAAGGACAAUGAACUGAAAACCUGUGCGCAUUUUUGUUUUGCUUAGUUUUAUUGUUAUCGAUUGAAUAAAUUGUUACAUUUUUUACGUGCAUUUUAAAAGCUA